GUUUUAUCUCUCCAGGUUUUAUUUCUCCAGGUUUUAUCUCUCCAGCUUUUAUCUCUCCAGGUUUUAUCUCUCUAGGUUUUAUCUCUCCAGGUUUCAUCUCUCUAGGUUUGUUCUAUCCAGGUUUCAUCUCUCCAGGUUGUAUCUCUCCAGGUUGCAUCUCUCCAGGUUUCAUCUCUCCAGGUUUCAUCUCUACAGGUUUCAUCUCUCCAGGUUUCAUUUCUCCGUGUUUUCUCUCUCUAUGUUUCAUCUCUCCAGGUUUUAUCUCUCUAGAUUUCAUCUCUCCAGGUUUCCUCUCUCCAGGUUUCAUCUCUCCAGGUUUCAUCUAUCCAGGUGUAAUCUCUCCAGGUUUCAUCUCUCCAGGUUUCAUCUCUCCAGGUGUCAUCUCUCCAGGUUUCAUCUCUUCAGGUUUCAUCUCUACAGGUUUCAUCUCUCCAGGUUUCAUCUCUCUAUGUUUUGUCUCUCUAGGUUUCAUCUCUCCAGGUUUUAUCUCUCUAGAUUUCAUUUCUCCAGGUUUCAUCUCUCCAGGUAUCAUCUCUCCAG